AUGGCUGAUACGAAAGAUCAAAUCACUGUUCAGGCAUCGCCCGCAGAGCCUAGCGGUCGACCUGUUUCGUCUGAUUCCAAGCAGGGCCCUUCGGUGGCCGUUACGACUAACGCGCCAGAAGAGACGCCUGGAUCAGAAGUCGCUGCAGACCAGGUGGAUAAGAAGAAGGGGUUCUGGGCAUACUUUACGACCAAGGAGUUCUAUAUCACUCUGCUGCUUGGACAAAUCCUGGCAAUCGCCAACACCGGUACCAGCACUAUCACCACUCUUCUAGGAAACGAGGAUACCUCGAUCCCAGCCUUCCAGACCUUCUUCAAUUAUGUUUUGUUGAACCUCAUCUUCACGCCUUACACGAUUUACAAAUAUGGCUUCAAGCGCUGGCUUCGCUUGGUCCUUCAUGACGGCUGGAAAUAUAUAAUUCUCGCCUUCUGCGAUGUAGAAGGCAACUACUUUAUCGUCCUGGCCUACCGUUACACAACGAUCCUCAGCGCCCAACUAAUCAACUUCUGGGCCAUCGUCAUCGUCGUCGUCGUCUCCUUCCUCUUCCUCAAAGUCCGAUACCACAUCACCCAAGUCCUCGGUAUCCUCAUCUGCAUCGGCGGCAUGGGCCUCCUCAUCGCAUCGGACCACAUCACCGGCACCAACGGCGGCGACAUCAGCAACGGCAACCAACUGAAAGGCGACCUCUUCGCCCUCCUCGGCGCAACCUUCUACGGCCUCACCAACACAGCCGAGGAAUACUUCGUCAGCACCCGCCCCGUCUACGAAGUCCUCGGCCAAAUGUCCUUCUUCGCCAUGAUCAUCAACGGCGCCCAAGCUGGCAUCUUCGACCGCGCCUCCUUCCGCACCGCUCACUGGAACUCAACAGUAGGCGGCUACCUCACCGGCUACACCCUCCUCCUCACUUUCUUCUACUGCAUGGCCCCGCUCAUGUUCCGUCUCUCCUCCGCCGCCUUCUUCAACAUCUCCCUCCUCACCAUGAACUUCUGGGGCGUCAUCAUCGGUAUCGAGGUCUUCCACUACACCAUUCACUGGAUGUACCCCAUCGCUUUUGUCCUCAUCAUCAUCGGCCAGCUCAUCUACUACCUCGGCCGUCGUGUCCUCGGCGAAGCAAGGAAGCCGUGGCUCGGUCGGAACCAGGAACGCGGUGUCUCGGGUCUCUUCACCGCGAAGAGAAAAAUCGAUACCACCCCUGACGCUCCUGCAGAUACUGCUGCUGCUACCGCGUCCGGAGUAGAUAGUAACUCCGACGAGAGACAUUCGAAUGCAGUUUAG